UAUUGCCUACCGCUUUGAUUAAGUCGGUGCCUAGAGCUAGGAGAAUCAUGGAUGUCAUAUGCAGGAUGAUGUAUCUGAUGCUAUUCGUGUUGGUCGAUGCCCCGUACCAAUGCCAGGAUGUAUCAGUUUGCUCAGUGCUUGCCCGAGCCAAGACGGGAUGCAUUUUACUUUAUUUCUUUCAUUAUUUUGACGACGUCUUUUUUCAUUAUUAGAAUGAAACCGGUAACAUGUUUUGUAGAGCCAUGUUCUUCAUGCAGCCAUUCGCCAGAUAUUUCCUCCUUGGUGCAUAUUAUUUGGCUAGUGUGUCCGGUUGGCUGGAGCAGCCGGAGAAUGUACUUAGUUGGAGUACCUGAAUGCCAGGGGCAGAAAGGGGGCCGGCGGGCAAACCAGAAGCAGCGAGAGAAAAGACCAAGAAAUAAAGAAGAGGGAACAAGAAAGAAAGACUGCAAAAACAAGGGCUGCCAGGGUGUUAUGCCGCGCGCCGAUCUGACGGCAACAUUUAAUAUAAUUUGGCAACAUCCCGAGAUCGGCAGCUGUUAGCGCCGCAGCAGCUCGGUCUCUUGCACGAAAUAGUGCCUCGAGCAAGCGCGGGCAGAGGCAGAAAGAGGAAUCUGACACUUGCAGGGACGGUGACAUUCUUGG